AUGUCCGCAGCCGACCAAGUUAAGCAGCACCCCGCCUUCCAGCAGGCGUCCGCAAAGGCGAACUACUAUGUCUCCCAGUUCGACAAGGAGCUCACAAAAUAUCCCGCGUUAGCCCAGUUGGAGCAGCGCACGCAGGUGCCCAAGACGUGGCUCGUUGGCGGCUCUGUCGCCCUCCUCUUCAUCUUCCAUCUCUUCAACUCGCUCGCUGCUCCUGUCUCCAACUUUGUUGGCUGGGGCCUCCCGGCUUAUCUCUCGUUCAGGGCCCUCGAGUCCCCCGGACAUGCGGACGACAUUCAAUGGCUCACUUACUGGGUCGUGUUCGGCGCGUUCAACUUCACCGAGAGUGUCGCGCUGCGCCCGGUCCUGUACUAUUUCCCCUGGUAUUUUGCCGCCAAGACCCUCUUCGUCCUCUGGCUCCAGCUGCCUAUUACCCGGGGUGCUGAGAAGGCCUACCAUGCUGUGCUCAAGCCUGUGCUCGUCAACGCCAACCAGCGUGUUGUCUCUGCUACGCAGCCCGACACCAACGUCACCGCCGAGAACCUCCGCGACCGCGUCGCGACGGCCAACGCUGAGUAA